UUGCUUGCCCGCAGCGAGAGCCGGAGAGGACUGAGGCUAAGGUUUCAGAAUGACUUCCAUCUUGACUUACACGCUUAAAAAUCUUCCCAGUACAUCAAAAUGGGCCCUCAGAUUUUCUUUAAGACCUCUAAGCUGUUCCUCCCAGCUACGAGCUACCCCAGCCGCCCAGACCAAGUCGAAGAAAACCUUAGCCAAACCCAAUAUAAGGAAUAUUGUGGUGGUGGAGGGUGUUCGCAUUCCAUUUUUGCAGUCGGGCACUUCAUAUAAGGAACUGAUGCCACAUGAUUUGGCUAGAGCAGCACUUUUGGGUUUGCUGCAUCGGACCAGUGUCCCAAAGGAUGUUGUUGAUUAUAUCAUCUUUGGCACAGUUAUACAGGAAGUGAAGACUAGCAAUGUGGCUAGAGAGGCUGCCCUGGGAGCUGGCUUCUCUGACAAGACUCCUGCUCACACUGUCACCAUGGCUUGCAUCUCUGCCAACCAAGCCAUGACCACAGGUGUUGGCUUGAUCGCCUCCGGGCAGUGCGAUGUGGUCGUGGCAGGUGGUGUAGAGUUAAUGUCUGAUGUCCCUAUUCGUCAUUCAAGGAAAAUGAGGAAGAUGUUGCUUGAUCUCAAUAAGGCCAAGACUCUGGGUCAGCGACUGUCUUUAAUCUCUAAAUUCAGAUUGAAUUUCCUGUCACCUGAGCUCCCUGCGGUGGCCGAGUUCUCCACCAGUGAGACCAUGGGCCACUCUGCAGACCGACUGGCCGCUGCCUUUGCUGUUUCUCGACUGGACCAGGAUGAGUACGCGCUGCGCUCUCACAGCCUGGCCAAGAAGGCCCAGGAUGAAGGACUCCUGUCUGAUGUUGUGCCCUUCAAAGUACCAGGAAAAGAUACAGUUACCAAAGAUAAUGGCAUUCGUCCUUCGUCUCUGGAGCAGAUGGCCAAACUAAAACCUGCAUUCAUCAAGCCCUAUGGCACAGUGACGGCUGCAAAUUCUUCUUUCCUGACUGAUGGUGCAUCUGCAAUGCUGAUAAUGGCAGAGGAGAAAGCUCUGGCCAUGGGUUAUAAGCCAAAGGCAUAUUUGAGGGAUUUUGUGUAUGUGUCUCAGGAUCCAAAAGAUCAACUUUUACUUGGACCAACUUACGCUACUCCAAAAGUUCUGGAAAGGGCAGGAUUAACAAUGACUGAUAUCGAUGCUUUUGAAUUUCAUGAAGCAUUCUCAGGUCAGAUUUUGGCUAAUUUUAAAGCCAUGGAUUCUGAUUGGUUUGCACAAAAUUACAUGGGUAGAAAAACCAAGGUUGGGUCACCUCCCUUGGAGAAGUUUAACAACUGGGGUGGAUCGCUGUCCCUGGGACACCCAUUUGGAGCUACUGGCUGCCGGUUGGUCAUGGCAGCUGCCAACAGAUUACGGAAGGAGGGAGGCCAGUAUGGCUUGGUGGCUGCCUGUGCCGCUGGAGGGCAGGGCCAUGCGAUGAUAGUGGAAGCUUAUCCAAAAUAAUAAAGGAGAGGUGACCUGGAGUUUCUGCGCAACACUCGCACUAGGCAAUGCCAUUCCAAUGCAUUACUAACUGACUUCCUUAGUUCCUAUCUCCUCUUAGGAAAAGACAAUUUGUGGCCUUCUGUUCAAUACUUUGCAAUUAAGCCUUGCUAGUAUUCUGAGCUUUUCAGUAAUCACGGCUUACUACUCUUUCAGGGAUUUCUUAAUCAGCAGAAUCUCUCAGUGUUAUGUUUAAACAGUUGUUUGGGGGCUCUGUUUUCAUUAAAUACUUAAAUGAGUGGUUGCAGUUCAGGAGAGAGGUUCUCUGAGAUUUGGAAUCAUCUUUGUAACAUUUGCAAAGUAUACUCCUUCCUAUUUGUGACCUAAAGAUGCGUGUUUUCUAUAAAAUACAAACCAAUGUGCCUAAAGAAACUUAAUUAUGGAAAGGUAAUUCAGAGUUUAAAUGUCACUGAAAACUUACAGUAAAUGUUUAGAUAUAUAAGUACCCUGUUACACUUAAUAAAGUGAGGGAGUAUUGAAGAACUGUUUGCCUUAGUUUUUACCAGAGGUAAAGGGUGGUUCCCUUGGCUUGGGGGCAGAUUUUGCCUUUAAUUACUCAUUUGUAACUUUUAGCCAUUUUAGUCAGUCAUGUGGCUGCUAGGGGUAUAAAGAGGGUCCUGCUUUAGAAUAACACCUUUUUGGGGCUCCUGGGUGGCUCAUUCGGUUGAGCAUCC